GCCUCGCCUCUUUUGCAGGAAGUCCUGCAGAGAGAAGUCAACAGUCGUUGUCUUGAACGCACCCCAGUCCAUAUUUGUGUUACGUUUCAGAGCAACGUAGUUAGUUGUUGUUCAUCGUGGGGAGCAUCUGGGUCCAAGUCUACACAUCCAUGGUCCAAGCAGGCGACUGACACAACUAAAAACAUCAAUGCAAUGCUGCUUCUCAGACGCUGUCAAAGCCUUACUCGAUUUGGCCCCCUCAACUCCCAAAGACAUCAGGUGAUACCUGCUGCGACGUCGUGUGCGGCUCGUCUCUGGAGCAGCAGCAGUGACGACCAGAGAUCGCACCAGCAUGCUCACAGUCCCAGCUGGAGACAUGGCUUGGCAGGACUGCUGGCUGGUACAGGAGCUGUACUGGCUUACGUCCUCCACCACCACAAGGCUGAGCAAGCAGACACCAUUACAGUUCGAACCAUAGAGAAGACCUCUUCUCUUCCCAUCUUCAGCCAGGAAGAAGUCAAAAAGCACCGCUCUCUGGAAGACGGUGUGUGGGUGACUUACAAAGGCAGCGUUUAUGACAUCACUGAGUUUGUGAGCAUGCACCCAGGUGGGGAUAAAAUCUUGUUGGCAGCAGGUGGGGCCCUUGAACCCUUUUGGGCUCUGUAUGCUGUACACAACCAGGAACAUGUGCUGGAAAUCCUCUCAGAAUAUAAGGUCGGUGAGCUGAAUGCAGAAGACCAGAAGAAGCAGCAGGCUAUUAAAUCAACUGACCCCUACUCCUCUGACCCUGAGCGUCACCCCAUACUGCGCAUCAACAACCUCAAACCCUUCAACGCUGAGCCGCCACCUGAAAUCCUCUCUGACAACUACAUCACCCCCUCCGCUAUCUUCUUCAAAAGGAACCACUUGCCAGUUCCUCAAGUGGACCCAGCUUCGUAUCAGCUGCACGUGGAGGGACUGCCUGGAAGAGCACUGACGCUGUCUUUAGAGGACUUGAAGACUCGAUUCCCCAAGCACACUGUGACCGCCACACUGCAGUGCGCAGGUAACCGCCGUUCUGAGAUGAAUAAGGUCAAGCAGGUGAAAGGACUUAACUGGGGCAUUGCUGCAAUCAGUAAUGCCAGGUGGAGCGGCGCUAAGCUCAGAGAUGUUCUUCUGGCAGCCGGAUACGGGCCGGAGGUGGCGCAGUGGGCUCGCCAUGUCCAGUUUGAGGGGCUGGACAAAGAUGUUACGGGGACAACUUAUGGUGCUUCCAUCCCUCUAAACAAGGCAGUUAGUGAGGAGGGCGAUGUGCUGCUGGCUUAUGAAAUGAACGGCGAGGAUAUUCCGGCCGACCAUGGCUUCCCUGUCCGCGUCGUGGUACCAGGCAUAGUGGGUGCACGCAAUGUUAAAUGGCUGGGUAAGAUCAUAAUAAGCGCAGAGGAGAGCAGCAGCCACUGGCAGCAGAAUGACUACAAGGGCUUCUCCCCCGGGACAGACUGGGACACAGUGGACUUUAAGUCUGCUCCGGCCAUCCAAGAGCUGCCCAUUCAGUCCGCAAUCACCACACCGGCAGACGGCGCUGUGGUCGACCGCAGCGAAGAGGAGGUGACCGUGAAGGGCUACGCAUGGAGCGGCGGAGGCAGAGAGGUGGUGCGCGUAGAUGUUUCUUUGGAUGGAGGGAAGACAUGGCAGGUGGCCCAGCUGAGGAGCAGCGAGAAGGGACAAGCUCCCGAACCUUCGCCUCCACCAGGACGAGCUUGGGCCUGGAAGCUGUGGGAGGUGACGGCUCCUCUUCCUGCCAAGGCUCAAGAGCUGGAGAUCGUCUGCAAGGCAGUCGACAACAGUUACAACAUGCAGCCAGACACAGUUGCCCCCAUUUGGAAUCUGAGAGGAGUGCUGAGUAACGCCUGGCACCGAGUGAAGGUGAAGAUCAGAGAGGACGAGAGCGAGGAAUAGACUCAUGAUGUACUGCAGCAGGAUGUAUCGAUACGUACGAAACAAGAUAUUUAUGCAAUCUACCUGAAAGAGUUUCAGCGGUACUCAAAACAAAGUUGGUGAAAGCUGUAAAUGACCAAACCAGAAAAUGUCCGGAUUUGUCAGAUAUGGAUUCACUUACACUUUGGUCUUAAGUGAGAAUGUGAUUCAGUUAAUUCUGAAUCUUUUUUGAUCUGUCGAAAAGAAAACAUUUAUUUUUCUAAUCAUCCUUGAUGCUGAAAAUGUACGCACAGUGUGUCAAAAGGGUUGAAUUGUUCUUUGUGAUUAACAUGCAUCAUAACUUAAAAGCCUCAUUUGAAUUAUUAUGAUGGGAUAUGUAAAGUAUGAAGUUAAUUAUUUAGUAAUUGCUUUAAGUGAAGGCUGUUGGAGUUGUGUGGAGUGUUCACUUUACUUUAGAGAGAACAACUGGAGUUUAUCAAGACUAGGAUUAACUUGGAAUUUUUAAGACAUUGUGAGCGUCUGUUAAUCUGCAGCUGUGGCUCUGCUUACCAUUAACCUCUGCAAGUGAAGAGAUGUGAAAAUAAUCACUUUUUGAGGGAAAUUUGAGUCGCUUGAAGAAAUCAGAGGUGAAGUGUGACCCUCAGAGAGCACCAUUUAGGUUAUAAACCUCUCUCUGCACCAGAUUGAUUGAUUGAUUGAUUUAUCUGAUGUGUAACCUGUGUCUCUGGUAACAGGCAAGUGUGAGGAAAGGGAGAGUUUUUUGAGCUCAGCAAAAACAUUAAGGAUUAAGAAAGAUGAUGAGAGUGGAUGUUGAGAGAGGAGCAGUAAAUAAUGUGUGAGGCCAGCUACAGUAAAUCUUAAUAUACACCCUUUUUGAAACGUCCUUGAAGUGGAGUAAUUGCACAGCUUUUGCAGAAGUAGCCCUGCUUUUCAUGGUCAUAUUCAGUCAUAUUAAUGUUAAAUCACAUUGACAUCAUCAUAUCAUUUAGCCUUGUGAUUAACUUGGCUUACACAAUGUAUUGUGUAAAAUGUACGUUAUCGUUGAAGAUGAUGAAUAAACAACUCUAAUUUUA